AUGAAGUUCUUCUUUACUAUUGCAUUGGCCUCGGCCGCUACCACUCACGCAAGCCCCGUUGAGAUCAGAGGCAGUGCCAGCGGCUGCUACGCUUAUCAGAACCCGGGCUGUGGUAUUGACUAUGCCGUCUGCCAGUGUGCCAAUGGCUGGAUGUAUCAGUAUAACACUGGCGUUGUUGGUGGUUGUGACCCUCCGUGGGGUUUCUUGGCUACCAGCGCCAAUGGUCUUGGUGGUUGGACUUGUAAUUAG